AUGAGCGUGCGCAAGGCCCACAACAGCGGCCGUAACCAUCUGCGCAACGUCGUCGAGUACUACCAGCAGAUUGGCCACGAGAAGGCCCAGAGCGUCAUCGACUCCAUCACCUCCUCAUACGCUGCCGAGGGUCAAGCAAACCCCAUGCUGCAGCACGCCGCCCUAGGCGGUCUCGGUGGCUUCGGUCCUCCCCCGCCUUUCGGUUUUCCUGGCGGCAUGCCUCCUCCUCCAUUCGGCAUGCCAGGCGCCCCCGGAGCACCCCCCGCCGGCCGCGGCAUGCCCAACAUGCCACCGAACUUCGCCAUCCCGCCCCCCGGCGCCGCCGGCGCUCCCCCGCCAGGCGCUCCCGGCUCGCUCCCCUUCCCGCCGCCCUUCCCACCCGCCGGCGGCGUCGUGCCGCCCGGUGCGUCGGGCUCGCCGCCCGCCGGCCUGCCGUUCCCGCCGCCCGGCAUGCCUCCGCCCGGCAUGCCUCCGAACUUUGCGUUUCCGCCGCCCGCCGGCAUGGCGCCUGCCUCAGGGGCCAGUCCCAUCCCUCCGCCCGGCGCAUUCCAGCCGCCUCCUGGCAUGGGUCCGCCGCCUGGCACCGGUGGCCCGCCUGGCGCUUGA